GGGCCGGGGAGAGGCGGAGAGGGACCGGGGAGAGGCGGACAGGGGCCGGGGAGAGGCUCUGCGGGCCGGAGCACCGACAAAAACACACCCAACCGCUCGGAGAGCCUCACCGGAGAGCUGCAGGAGAGACGCUGCCGCCGCCGCCGAGCUGUGUUUACAUCCGGUCUCACUUCCGGGUGGUGACGUCACACAACCGCGCUGUCGUCUUCUUCUUCUUCUUCUUCUUCUUCUUCUUCUUCUUCUUCUUCUUCUUCUUCUUCUUCUUCUUCUUCUUCGCGUCGUGUCUGGCGGGUGGCACUCAGCUCAGGGGUGCAUUUCCGCCACCUGCUGUGUCGGAGUGUGAACCAGAGUAUCUACCGUUUCUACUCUCCCGCCUUUCCACUAAUAAUGAUCCUACAAAAUAAUGAUCAAAGACGAGGGAGAGAGAAAAACAAACCCUACUAUAUUCUGAACAUUAUUCCAGCGUCAUGCACUCAACAACCCGCGCUGCCUGCUGGGAGUUGUUUUUUAAUUACAGAAAGUUGUAGGUUUUCAUGCUUUCCUACAAAACUCAGUGUUUUUUUUCAUUUUGAUGAAUGAAACGACUCAUCUGUUUUGGGGGAUUUUAGCGUUAGCGUCAGAUAAUCUGAAUCCAAACCGGAACCGGAACCAGCUCGGUCUCAAUUCUGAAAACUGAUAAACAAAAAUGUUUUUAUUUUUUUUAAAGGUUAAAUUAUGGAAAUCUCGAGCUGCUAAACUGUUUAAAAAGAAAGACAGGACGUCACUUCAGCUCCAGCAGUGUUUUCUGCAUGUUUACGACCACUUGAUGAUAUAAAUAUAUAUAUUUACUGGUUUGAGAUAAAACAGGUUUAUGGCAUUUUAAAAAUGAUUGUUCACAUGCAGCUCUAAAUCAUCAGCAAAUUCAACGAACGACAGUAAUAAAUUAUGACAGAAUGAUCUUUCAUUGAGCCAACAAAACCCAGUUAUUUUUGUAUCAACAUUUUAUAUUAAAUAAUGGAUCAGUGCAGGUUUUUAAAAAUGGAUUUAUUCUUAUGCUAAGAGAGAAAGAAUUACUCCUGGAGAGAAAUGUGCACAGAAAGAAAAAUUAACAAAAGAAAGAAACAGAAAGAAGAGAGAAAGAAACUGCUGCAAAGACACAAAGAAGAGAGAAAUUUAAGACCUAAAAUAUCAGACCCGGCGGUGAAAUGCAGCCGUCCGCUGGAGGACCAGGAGGUCAGAGGUCACCAGCAGCGCAGUACGGCGCCCCCCAGAGGCCUGGUGCAGACCGACAGUCCAAACUUCCUGUGCAGCAGCCUGCCUCAGCACUGGAGGUGCAACAAGACGCUGCCCCGGGCCUUCAGCGUGGUCGCCCUGGGCAACGACGUGCCGGACGGUGUGGCGGUGACGGUGAUGGCCGGCAACGAGGACAACAGCAGCGCCGAGCUACGCAACGCCACGGCCACCAUGAAGCAGGGCCACGCCCACUUCAACGACCUGCGCUUCAUCGGCCGCAGCGGCCGAGGCAAAAGCUUCACCGUGACCAUAAACGUGCUCAGCUCGCCGCCUCAGGUCGCCACGCUGCACCGAGCCAUCAAGAUCACUGUGGACGGGCCGCGGCUGCCCAGACGCCAGAGGCAGAAAGAGGGGAAGGCUGGAACCUUCAGGACCUCCAGCAGCAUCAGCACCACCCUACCAGGUGGGACAGCCAGGAGUACUGCUGACUGCAGAUCCUUCUCCUCCUCUCUGUGGACCGGUGACUCCUUCCUGGGUCAGGUCACGCCCAGGAUGCACCACCACCACCACCACCACCACCUCCCGGGCCUGCCGUACUCCGCCCAGCCCCCGCCCUACAGCUCCUACCUGCCCCCCCACCUCCCCGGCCCCGCCCCUACCGCCCCCCCUCCGCUCAGCCACAGUGGUCCCUUCCAGCCCGGAAGCUUCUACUACGGACCGAACCAAACGGCGGGGGAGGACCGCAACGUCAUCACGGCGCUCAGCAACUACAUCGAGGGGGCGUGUCUUUCCAUGAGGGGGGAGGAGCCUGUUUGGAGACCCUAUUAAUCAAUUACUGCUUAAUUAAUACAGAAGCAAGAAAUGAGUGAUUGUAUUUAUUCUUUUUAAAGUUGUGUUUAUUAAUGUAACAGAACGGAAAGAAAAAACAUGAAAAAGUUUCUUUUAAAAUUCCUCCUUUUGAGUUUCUUCCAUCAGGUCAAUUUCUGCAAUCAAUAAAUGAAAUAAAUGAUCAUAUUGCUAAAACCAUUAACUAUGAAUUUCA